GGGAUACGCUGGGCUCGCUGCGGCACUUGAUCGGAUGGCGAAAGGGAGAUCAGUGGCUGGAAUCAACAAGGCGAAGACACUAGAGCGCGGGAUCGCCGAGAUGAAGCAACCAUCGCAGGCCGUAAAGGUAGCGCCCGCUGGGCCUCCUCCCUCGGUGCCUGUUCCACCAGUACCCCCGAAACCCUCAUUCAGCAAGGACGAUGUCAGCAGAGAUGCCGGCCUGGGCAGUCCGGGCAGAACAUUGGUCGACUCAAUGCCGGAAACCAUGUCAUCUGUCCUGUCACUGGAUUCCCUCUCGUUAUCGAGCUCUCAGCAUGGGAGAGAUCUAGAGCUAUCACAGACCAGGACUCGUACUACAAACAGUAUCCGAGAUGAUCAUCCCCACCUCCAGAGCCCUUCGGCAUCCACUCUAGCUCAGGAGAUAGAGACCAAUGCUAGUUCUGUUCUGCCGAGCAAGGCAUCACACCGAAAACAUGAUCUACCUCGCAUGCCGCAACGGACGCCGAGUAAUACUAGUGCUGCGAAUGUCGGUCACCUGAAGAAUGCUUUAGCAUCUGCCGUGCGAGCGAGAAACCAUCAAUUAAUGGAACAGCUCCUGGAUAGUGGCGUAUCACCGGACAUGGGGGAGAAUACACAUCCCCUGAAUGAAGCGAUUCUGCACCGUGAUAUCGAAGGGAUGCGUCUGCUUCUGGCCUUUGGAGCCAACCCGGAUGCACCGGACCAAGAAGGAAAGUCACCACUCUUCUCUGCAGUGGAAGGAUCAUUCAUGGAUGGUGCAACCUUACUGUUAAAGUACCGUGCCGACCCAUGUCUCAUGGCCGGAUCCGAGCUCGAGUCUCCACUUGGUUUGUGCAUCACGAGCCUUAAGACGGGUCUCGUCCAUGUCCUACUCGCGCAUGGGGCAAAUCCCAAUCAUGAGAUGAGAAAUGGCAGCACAGUGCUCAUCGAAGCUAUCCGGAGGAAGGCUCCUCAACGACUAGUCGAUCUGCUCUUGGAUGCCGGUGCAGAUGCAAACUUGAAAAACCGGGAAGGGAAGUCGGCGUUGUUUGAAGCCGUUCAGACCGACCAGGUGACGGUCGUGACAACACUCUUAGACCAUGGGGCGAAUCCAAACCUCCCUGGACCGGAACAUGUGCUCUGGUCAGCCAUCUAUCGGCCAGCCUGUUUGCGAAUCCUGAUGGCCCGUGGAGCCGAUGUCCGAAAGACCCCAGGUAUUAUGGAGCAGGCAACAGGCAUCAACAACAUUGAUUCCGUGCGAGUUCUACUACAAACUGGCGUUGACCCCAACUCUAAGAAAGAUGGAAUUUAUACUCCAUUAUGUUCCGCCAUCCGAGACGAUCGUGGAGAUAUUUUUGCGCUUUUGCUGGCUAACGGCGCCAACCCCAAUGUUAUGGCAUCCGAGUAUCCUGCGUGGAAAUGUGUUACUCACUUCCGGACACAUCUCCUCCCGGAUCUAGUCGACGCCGGCGCAGACCUCCACCAGCCACCGGGCAUUGUCGAAAUGGCCGUGCAAGUCAACAACGGAGAGGCCGUGCAGUGGCUCCUGGAGCACGGAGGCGCGAAUCCGAACGAUCGCAAUGGCCAGGGACACACAGCACUCACAACGGCGAUUCGGGAUAACCGCGUCGAUCUCCUGACUCUCCUGCUGGCGCAUGGAGCGGAUCCUAACCAGCGUGGUCAAGACUGGCCCGUGUGUAUGGCCGUCCGGUCUCCAACACUCCUGCAACAGAUCCUCCCCGCCGUGACAGACCUGUCGGCACACAAAGGCGUCAUGGAGAUGGCCGUGUUGGCGAACCAGCUAGAGAGUAUCAAGUUGCUGCUCGCUGCGGGUGCCAGCGUCGAGUACAAGAACGGCGGUGUUUUCUCCCCGUUAACGACUGCGCUGCGCGAGGGCCACGAAGAUAUUGUGCGGUUCCUGCUGAAUGAAGCCGGCGCAGACCCCAAUGCGCCUGGUGAGCAUCUUCCAAUUGUCAAGGCAGUCCGCAGAUGCCACGAUGGGGACUUCAAAAUGAUCGAAUUGCUGCUCGAGAAGGGCGCAGACCCGAACAUAACUUAUCGGGACUGGAACGCGGUAAUGGAGGCCAUCGAGAACCGAGACCUGAGGCUCCUUCAACUUCUGGCAGAAAAGGGUGGAGGCGUCGAUCUUGAAAAGCAAGAUGAGACUGGCAAGACAGUAAUGCAGAUGGUGGAUGCAUCUGGUUGGAGUGAAGCAACACAGCUUCUACUCGACAAUGCGCGCCGAUGAGGAGGUUUUAAUGGCUGAGACUAUAUACCCAAUUUUCCUUUGUCUAUACCGAAAGAUAAUUUGCCAGAGAGGAUAUUUGAAGUAGUUGACUUCGUACCAAGUCAACGUCCGAGGAACCAUUUCUACGAGGCUGCCAUGGAAGAAGGUCAGUGAAGACCAAACACCGAUGCGUUUGC